AUGGGGGGUCAGACGAUUCGUCCCAAAACCGUAACGCCGCAAGCUGUUACGCCGCAAGCUGUUACGCCCGAAGCUGUUACGCCGCAAGCUGUUACUCCCCAAGCUGUUACGCCCCAAACUGUAACGCCGCAAACUGUUACGCCCCAAGCUGUUACACCGCAAGCUGUUAAGCCCCAAGCUGUUACGCCCCAACCUGUUACGCCCCAAGCUGUUACUCCCCAAACCGGAACGCCGCAAGCUGUUACGCCCGAAGCUGUUACGCCGCAAGCUGUUACCCCCCAAGCUGUACCCCCGCAAGCUGUUACGCCCCAAACCUUAACGCCGCAAGCUGUUACGCUCCAAGCUGUUACGCCGCGAGCUGUUACGCCCCAAGCUGUUACACCGCAAGCUGUUAAGCCCCAAGCUGUUACGCCCCAACCUGUUACGCCCCAAGCUGUUACUCCCCAAACCGGAACGCCGCAAGCUGUUACGCCACAAGCUGUUACGCCCCAAGCUUUUACGCCCCAAGCUUUUACGCCCCAAGCUGUUACGCUCCAAGCUGUUACGCCGCGAGCUGUUACGCCCCAAGCUGUUACUCCCCAAGCUGUUACGCCCCAAGUUGUUACGCCGCAAGCUGUUACCCCCCAAGCUGUACCCCCGCAAGCUGUUACGCCCCAAACUGUUACGCCCCAAUCUGUUACGCCCCAAGCUGUUUCGCCCCAAAACCGUAACGCCCCAAAACCGUCACGCCCCAAGCUGUUACGCCCAAAGCUGUUACGCCGCAAGCUGUUCUGCCCCAAAACCGUAACGCCCCAAGCGGUUACGCCCCAAAACCGUAACGCCCCAAACCCGUAA